AUGGCCAUGCCAACGUCACGCUGCUUUUCUUUGAUGAGAAUGUUCUGGUUAUUUGCAAUGAUGGUGACCGUGAGAGCUGCUGCCAAUGAGGUCAACAUGAACCACAACGACAGCUCUAUUCCCGCAGGACCUGCGUUCACUUUGAAUGCUCGCAAGAUUUUCCUGGACGUCAUGUCGGGAGGAUCGUCGACUGUGGGAUACCAAGGCCCACCUCAACCAACACUGGUUCUAGGCGCCGGUCUCCCUCGCACUGGCACUGCUAGUCUCCGAAAGGCGCUUUCAAUGCUAGGUUUGAACUGUUACCACAUGAUGGUGGCUCAUGAAACAGCCGGUCAUCUGGAGAUGUGGCGUCAACAUCUUUCCUUACAAACAAUCUCCGUGGAUGAGGUCAUGGACGGGUUGGCCAUGGCUGGUUUCAACGCCACUAUUGAUGCUCCUUCGGCAUUUCACUACAAGGAACAAUUACGGCGAUACCCCCAAGCCAAAGUCAUCUUGACAGAACGCAGUGAGCAACAAGAUCUUGCAGCAGAACAUUGGGCUGAAAGCGUCAGCACUACCAUCUUGCGCAUUCCCUUGAUUACACGAGAAGUUCCUUGGAGUUGGAUGGGAUUUGCCGUUCGAUAUGGACAGUUCCAAGAUUCCAUGUACGAAAGAGUCAAGCUACCCCAUGAGAUUGAUGACUUUCCGCGCUUGCCAACGUUCUACAAGCAGUGGAAUGCAGAAGUCAAAGAUUCGGUUCCAAAGCAAAAUCUACUAGUGUUUCGGGCACAGGACGGAUGGAAACCACUCUGUGACUUUCUCUCUCCUGUAGCAGACAUUGUGGAGAGCAACUGCCGAAUCAUCAUGGCUGCUGGAGUGGAGUAUCCAUACGAAAAUGACAAAACCAAGAUUAUCGCGUGCUCAGCUGUCUUCUUGACGAUCACAAGGAUUGUCAAGGCCAUUCCGGCUGUGGCUGUACCGGUAGCGGUUGCCAUUAUUGCUAUGUGGUUGCGAUUAUUAAAGCGGCAACGAAUAUCUCAUGGUGUUUCGGAAAAGGGCAGGAUCGAGUGA